UAUGUUGUAUUAUGUAUGAAUAAUAAUAUUCAAAAAUUAACUUCUUUCAGAAAAAUUGUAGCUGAUCAAGAGUAAGUAUUCCUUAUGCCGAAUAAUGUGAUGGAUUAUAUGUUGUAUUAUGUAUGAAUAAUAAUGUUCAAAAACUAUGUUUUUUACUUUCAGAAAAAUUGUAGCUGAUCAGGAAAAAAUUUUAACUACCUUAGAAAAGUUGGCGGCGGAAGGACGCGUGCAGCGCCCACCAAAUUUUCCCCUGGCGACGGUGCAGGGGUUAAAAAAUAUGGAAGAGAUGGACAAUGAAGCGUUUCACGAUCUUGUCGUAUUUUACAGACAGUUGGGGGGCUUUACCCUCAAAGAGAUGGUCACCUCCUGCCUGAAAGAAAGCAUUGCAGAAGAGUUAGCGAGUCACGUGACGUGGCUGGGAAAGAAGGAGGGGAAAGAGGCCCUUAACUCGUCGAAAAUAACAUUCGCAAUAUACGAAGCAGCAAAGAUGAAUCGUUAUUUUAAUUUGCCUUCGAGGAGCGAGUUUAAGAGUGUGAUGAUAGCAGCUUUGAGAGCCGCGCAAGAACGAGCACGAGCGCGGAGGGGUCGCUCGAACGUUUCAGUACGUAAUAUUUGGGACGAGUAAGACGCGUCCACCAGAGCCACUGAACAUCGUCACUGGGGUGCCGAGGGAGGGCACGGUGGUCAGAGAUGCCAGAUCGAGAACGGUAGACAACGAGAUUCACCCUUUAUAUUUACGUAUGUUAUAUUAUCGAUAACAUGCAUAAGUGUAAAGGGUGAUUCGCGUUGACUCGCGUCCCUGAUCUGGUAUCUCUGACGGAGGUGGGGUUUAGUGGGUAUUAGGGCAACAGCCCCUGAGUCCCACACACGGAGGGAGCGCAGGUCGGCUCCCUUUAUGGUGCGUAAACGCAUUCCCCACCUCCGUUAU